AUGGCUAAUUGGUUGGAUUUGGACGAUCUAAUCCCAUAUGACAACCAAGUUGGAGGUCAUAAAUUUACUAAAGAAAAACCAAUGUUGGGUUUAUUGAAACAUAAAGAAGGUUACUUAUUGAAAUCAGUAGAGGGUGGUACCAAAGGAAAGAAUGAAGUACGCUUUUAUGAUGAAUUAUUAAUUAAUGAAACCCUAAUAAAUCUCAGGGCACUAGUUCCAUUGUAUUAUGGUUGUGUCAAUGUUAAAAUAAAUUCGAAAGAUAUGACGUUCAUUGUAUUGGAUGAUAUUACUACAGGCAUGAAAAAACCGUGUGUGAUGGAUGUAAAGAUUGGUUCACAGACAUGGGAACCAGGAUGCUCAGAAAAGAAAAAAUAUGAUGAAAAUGCGAAAUAUACAGAAUGUAAAAAACAGUGGAGUUUUUGUAUACCAGGUUUUCAAGUGUACGAUUUAUUAAAUUCCAAUUUGGUACGGCCACAGAAAUAUGAUAAAGAAUUUGGCAAAAGUUUAGAUCCAGGAAAAGUUAUCUCUGUGUUCGAGACAUUUUUAAACCUUAACAGUGGAUAUCUAGGUGUAGAAAAACUUGUUCAAGGCUUUACAGCCCAAUUGGAUCACAUAAGACGAUACUUCCAAACUCAAAAACAUUACCAUUUUUAUUCUAGUUCGGUUCUGUUAGCUUAUGAUGCAGAAACAUUAUCAAAUGACAAAAACACUUAUCCUUUGUUAAGAGUAUCACUAAUAGAUUUUGCACAUGUAACUCCAGCUGAUGGUAAAAUUGAUUUAAACUAUUUACAAGGUAUUACUAAUUUAUGGACGUUGUUCCGAACACAAUUGUUACACGACAAUUAA